UUUAACAUAAUUUACCUCCAAUAGACAAGGUGGGGAAGAAAUAAGAAGAGUCUAGUGACUACAGUGACCUUUGGUAACCAUGGGGACAAAACACACACAGUAGCCAUCCACCUUCUAAAAGAGGUAAAACCAUCUUUUAAACAAACGGCAGAACAAGCCCCUUCCUGUAUUGCAAAAUUAACAAACACCAGUCAUAAAAGUAAAAAAAGACGUAAGGAAACAUUCACUGAUAUGCUUGUCUAGUGGGAUGAUUGAACUUUAGCAGGAUGGGUGUUGGGGAAUUAGUCUCCUAAAGGCUCGUAUUUAUACCCUCAAGUGAAUUUUCAUGAUUGUGCCCGACUGCUGCUCUUUUCCUCUGGGAUUCCUAUACCAGAGAGUCAGGAGACUCAGUACCCAACUAAAGUAAUCAUAUUCCAUUCAAGUAAUCAUCUACAUUAAAAGGCGCUCAAGUGUCUUUACCUGCAUCUGGUCAUGUAAUGCUCUUUAUUAUUACAAGAGUAAUACUUAAUCUUUAAAACAGCAGAAACAGGGGGCAUGCAUGGAGCAAAGUGUUUGUGAGUUUACAGAUAUUUGUCCGUGAACUCUGUGUUGGUAAAAUCCUUUCUGUAUACAGUAAAUGUGUGCCCAUUUUAUUUAAAAAUGAAGGGCUGCAGGCUUCCACAUUGCUAGUUGGUUAAGUGCUGUGUUCUGAUUUAUCCAGGCAGACGUACAGAAAAACAUUAAUUUUUCAAGGUGGAAAAGUGUAUAAUCCAGAGUGGGAUUUUUUUUUUUUGUAUUUUCCUAACACUUCCAGAGUGCAUCAGUGGUAAAUGUCUGCAUUCUUGUACGGUUCCUGAGCAUGUGAAUUUGAAGAUAGCCCAAAAGAACAACAACGUUCAAAAGGUUACAUAUAGCACAAGGAAAUGAGACCAAAAAACAUUUACCAUAUAAGGUGUCCUGCACAACUGAAGGUUUGCGGAAUUUGCAAACCUUGCCAAAAAAUGUAACAACCAGGAUGUGUUAGUUUCAAAACACAAAUGGCAGAUCUUGUAAAUACUAUACCUACAAACUUUGCCUGUUUUUCACAUACUUGUUUUCUCAUGUUGUUGCAUACUAUAAUACAGGAACCACCUUAUCAGACGGUGCAACACAAAAAGCUCUUAUCAGCAAGUCUGUAUACAAUAUCUAAACAUUCAAAAUGUUUCAAGUUGUUCCGCAGGAAGCCAGUGUUUUCAAGUGUCCAUUCAUGGUAUGUGGGUCAAACUGAGUUCCAGUAAGACAUUCAAACAGAAGACUUGCUCAACAUAUCUGUACUGUAUUUGUUGACACAACUGAAAAAUAAAGCUCUGCAGAUUUAGGUAAUCUGUCAUGUUAAUGUUUAACAGCAAGAACAACACAACCAGUACUGACUGCCUUAGGUGCAGUUGCUAUAAAGAUAGCAGAAGUAAAGCAUGGUAUCUGGAAUAUUGGUUAUUUGUUUGCACAGAAAUACUAGAGUUUGUUCCAAAACACUUUCUAAAUGCCUCAUUUCUAGGUGUCCUAAAGUUAGACACAGGUCCCUGAUUAAGGUAUGCAAACGUUUUUACGUUUAAGUAAUGGUUCAUCCAUUAGUGUUUUUUAUUUUCCUUAUUUUCCCUACAACAUGCUGUACAUGCCAAGAGUACACCAUCUUGCCCUAGAGGAACAGUUUUAGCAUCAGCAUCAAUUUCAUCAGUGCAGUCACAAGAGAGACUUUUUUGUGUUGAACUUUUAAGAAAGUUCCCUGCUUGGAUUCAUGUUUCUGUUUACAGUAAAUUAUACCAUACUGAACUGAAAUAUACUUAUUAGUGCUCCCACUGUGAGACACACAGCAUGGAGUUUCGCAUUUUUCCUGGUUUGGACACCAGAAUUAAUCAAACUUCCAAAACCAUACCCUUCAAGGUUAUUUACAGUAUCUUAAGCUUAAGGGUCGUAUAACUCAACCUUAGAAGAUCUAGAAACAAACAUUUUAUUUUUUUGAAAUAGCUACAGUAGGUGCUCUAAGGCUUAUGUACAAACUGUACUAGAGCCAUUGAGUCACAGUGUGUCAGUACAAAUGAACUACAGUACAGUAGGUGCAGUACGUCUGCUCAGUAGGUGCGCAUUAUGGUUAAGACCACUUAAUCAGGCAUUGAUUGUGCAUAGAUGGAGUCUGCCAAUAAAUGCCAACCCUACUGAAAAUUGAAGAACUCCUUGAAAUCCAAUUAAGCACGUGUAAGAACAGAAGAUUACAAAAGAGAGGAACCAUUCAUCCUGUCUUGCUCAUUUGGUGACUAGCAGCCUAUUGAUCAGAAGAUCUUCUCCAGCAUUUUUCUUGAAGGACGAUGAGGUAUCAGGUUCAAUAGCAUCACUAGAGAAUUUGCUCCAGACCUCCACAAAACUUUGUUUAGAGAGGGACGUCCUGAUUUUAGUUCUAAAUGUGCACCUUUUGUUUUCCACAUGUGUCUUCAUGCGCCCCUUACAUUCCUCAUUAUUGUCCUAAAACAGACCACUGCUUUGACUGUCAACGUGCUUCAGGAUUUUAAACAAUUAUAUAAAAUCAUAGAAUCCUCUGUUUAAGGCUAAAGCAAAGACGUUCCUGUCAAGCUGUCUUAAGGAACGUGUAAGACAUCCGUGUGAAGUUAGAUGAUCCUGUCAGGAAGCUACUGUAGUUUUACAAAAACACUUUAAAAGAACUGCUUGGCAUAUUUACCUAUUUACUCAUUACAGUCAUCUUCCUUUCCUGCUAAUCCCUCUCUAUUCCACGAGACUUUCAUUUUACCAUCUGAUUAUGUCCCUAUUUAAAUAUUCACACAGGAUGUUUUUUUUCCCAGGCCAUAUGAAAUGUUUUUUGCUUCAGAAGCACAACCUAACCUGUUUAACAGCUUCCUGUAUCAAAUACACCAGUAAUCCUAACUCUGACCCUCUGGAACCACUAUUUACUAAGCACUAAAUCAUCAGUGCUAAUUGAUGUUGUUAAUUGGUCUGUUUGCGUGUUUUGAAUCUGGUUUAAUUGUUUCAACUCUCAGUCCCUAACUUCCACACUGUUUCCAACAACUUCCAUACAUAGAACUAAGCGGUUUCUCCUCAACUCCUCAGCCCUGUUUUGUGUCUAAACAGCUCUUAAUAGGUGUGAGAUAAAUUCACAUCAAGUUUUUUGAUGAACAUACACAGGUGCAAAGGACAAUGUAUCAUGGUUUUACUUCUUUCAGCUGGGGUAAAGAUGGUUACAUUUCAGGUUACACACCUGAUUGAGGGCAGUUUUAAACCGCAGAUACUUGCAGCAUUGAUAACAAUUAAUAAUCCUAUUUAACAUUUUAACAGCUGAAGGCAAUUCAUUUUAAAAACAGAUGCUCCACAAAGAAAAUCAAAGUCAGCCUGCAAAAAUGAAGUUAGCUUAAGGAAAAAAAAAGAGAAACAACUAAAUAGACAAGUAGCCACCAAAAGCUAGAAAAGGAAUAACUGUAGUAGGAAUAAUUGUAAGUAAGAUGGUAAGUAGAUGGUCAGGAUGUAAGUAAAAAUAGAGAGGACCUCUGCAAUUUCACACAUAACUGCAAUCUGCACACUUUUGCAAUUUAAACACAAGUUUUUAAUGCUAGAUAUAUCCUCAUAUAAUUAUGCAGCUCUCACAGUAAAAUAUUGUUUGCCUCAGUUUAGAAAACUACGGUUCUAUAUGGAAUGAAAAUAAAGCCAAUAUAAAUAAAGUUAAAAACUGUGGGACAUUUAAAAAUUGCUUCCCAUUUCCUUGUGUCCUGCAAUUUAUCACCCAAGCUAAUAAAGAUUUCAUCUAUCAAAUUGUAAUGGGGUGAAAGGGCUAAUUACUUCAAUGACUGCAGGUGGAAAUGUUUAUUAACCUUAAUGAUGCUCCAGGCAUUUGCACUGUUUUCCUCUGAAAAAAUAUAAGCUAUAGUGCAAGACAAAAGUCAGCAAAACCACGAAGAAAAUCCUUCUGAUUUAUUUCAGAGCCUGUGUUCUAGGGUGCAGAUCUUUGACUAAGUGAUGCUGGGGUUUAUGCACGUUUUAUAAAUGCUCCUUCUGCCCCCCAAAAAUUGUACUGAAGUUGCUCACUCCUUGCAUUGACAAUGGAAUACCUGGAGACCAUAGUGGAAUGUGAGGAACCGCUGGACGAGUCCUUCUUCCUGGUGGUGAAAAGACCUGGGCGGAAAUCCUGUUCUGUGGUAAAGCACAGCACUCCUGGAAGGUCUCAGCUGACGGAGUUUACGAUAAGCGCACUCGGUGAAAAAGGAGAAAACAGUGAAUUCUUAGCAGCGUCGAAAUCCAGACCGGAUUUCUCGACCUUGGACCCCGCUGUGAAUUCGAGGGGGGACACUCUUUCCACCAUCCAGACCAUUAAGGAGGAGGAUGUUUCCAUCGACAGCAGAGAGCCCGGGGAGAGCCAGGAGGAGCCCCAGUGCACAGCUGCACCAACAUGGGCGGAGGGCGGCUUAGGAAGGCCGCGUGACAGCGACCAAGCGUCGUCAACAGCAGCAGAACCCCCUGGAAAACCGGACGAAGUCUACAACAGAAGUUCAAGCACAGGUUUACAUUCAACCACGUUCUUUCCAGAUACUUCCUUUGACAGCCAAAGGUGGUUAAACCUUCAGAGGAGAAAAUCCAGAGCCAGAAAAUCCCAAAAUGAGGCAUCGCUAACCCUCGGGGAACUAACCACCUCUUGGCACAGCGAGGUGUCAAGACUGGAUACAAUCCCAUCAAAAGGAAAGAGUGAUCAAACCAGCCAAAGAAGGAGAGACAGCAAAACAAAGAAACUGAAACUGAGAGAGCAACUGCGUGCUCAAGAAUGGGUGAUUCUCCAGAUGAUAGACAUUGAGGAAGCAACUAAACACGAACUUACUAUCGAGUAAACCGUCAUUUUCGCAUUCAUUGGAAUCCAUGUGGCAUUUAAAAGCGCUUGUACUAGGUGGCCUGUUUUAUGGGUCAGUGUGUACUUUCCAUGUGGUGUGACGAGUGCCAAAGGACAUGCACUCUCCUGUGGAUCCAGACAUGUGGUCAAUCUAAUGACAAACAACACUUCCUUGCUGACUGCUAUACCUCUCUCUGCCUCGGCAGGGCCCCUUGUUUUUCCAGGUUGGACCCUGACCUUGAGCUACUGUUUUGCUUUGAUCUUACACAACUUAAUGCUUUAUGAUGAGUUGGCAGUAAUUAGAAAAUGGAAUGCAAAGAGUGAGCGGGUUUUACGCCCCCCUCUCUCUCUCUCUCUCUCUUGUUUUGUCUCUCCCUACGCAGGGAGUGACCAUAUUUUUAAAGAAACAGACUUGAAGCCCACAAAAUAGAACCGAACAGAACUUAAAUGAAGCAAAUCUCUGCACCUCUCAGGGCCCGAGGCAGAUGAGGAUGUGGGAGACCAAUGUAACCCAAUAGCGCUAUAGUAGAGCUCUAGUGGGCGUUUGUUUUAUUACCUGUUAUAUUAACCUGUUGUGCAAAGAUGAUCUUGAAAAUAAAGGUGUACACAAUCUCGAGUAAUACAGUACGUGCUACAUUUUUACAGAGUGCUUUAAUUUACUAUUAAGGCAUAAACAAAAUAGAAAGCCCAUGUUAGAUGUCAUGAAUAUUUUUUAAAAAUGUGUAUCAUGUAUUUAAAUACUUUCAGAUAUGCCUGCUGUUAAUGUGUGGAUUUUAGAGAAUCGAAUUAGGGAGUUAGAUCAGGGAAAGGCAGUAAAAGUACUACGGUCACCUCAAUAAGAAACUUUUAAAUUAUUAUAAGUAUUCUGACAGAAUGAUGUGGGUAUGAUUCUGUCAGCAUUAUUGUAAACUACUGACUCUGAUUUUAGCAUGCGAUCGGU